AAGAAAUUGUCUAAUGAAUGAGCCACGAGGCGGACAAAGUUCUACUGAGAAAUCGCAGUUUACUUCUUAAGCAUAUCGCAGAUCCUAUCCGAACGAAGUCCCCACGGCUCCGAUCGACUCUUCCGAUUCUCUACAGACACGGUGGCGACCAGCACGACGUCGCCGGGGAUGUCCGCCGCGACGAAUAUUUAUUUCAAUCCGCAAAACUCAAUGGCCCAACCUGAACCAAAACCCCCGCCGCCAUUAGAAAUCCUCAUGGUGACAUCGGCGGAUUCGCCUGAGUUCUACCGUUUCCAAUCAGCGCUCUGCCAUUCUUCCGUCGUCGCGCUCGACGCCGAAUGGAAGCCCGUCAGAUCGCGGCAGAUUGCGGAAAGCUCCGAAGACAAUGGAGGCGAGCGGACUUUUCCGAAGGUCACGCUUCUCCAAAUCGCUUGUAGGAUCAGUCGUGCGGCGUCCGAUUCGGAAGUCUACGCUGUUGGAAAAUCGCUGGUUUUCCUUGUGGACCUGCUAUCGAUACCUCUUUCGACCAUCUGGGAGCUUCUUAGGGAGGUGUUCGUCUCUCCCUCCGUACUUAAGUUGGGAUUCAGAUUUAAGCAAGAUCUGGCUUAUCUUUCUUCUACCUUCUUUUCCCAGGGUUUCCUUUCUGGGUUCGAUAAGAUUGAACCGUUUAUUGAUAUCACUAGCAUAUACUAUCAUAUGAAAUAUCUUAAUAGGGGGAAAAAGUUUCCGAAGGACACCAUAAGCUUGGCUACUAUUUGUUGGGAAGUACUAAGCAUCUCUCUAUCCAAGGAUCAAGAAAGAAGGAAACACGGGGAAUGGAUUGCCUCAACAGUUACAUUGAAGAUGAUGGAACUCCAAUGUAGUGACUGGUCUUGCCGUCCACUAACUGAAGGGCAAAUAUCAUACGCUGCCGCCGAUGCAUAUUACUUGCUUGAAAUAUUUGCCGUGUUUGAGCAGAAGUUUCUUACUGAAGGAAAAGAAUCAUCCCUAUUGACGGAAUUGAGUUUCUCUAAAACAACUGGUGGACUGAAGGAAAUCUUUACGGAUUCUAGUUCAUGCAAGAAUGUUGUGAGGAUUAAGUUCUGCAGUGCAUCAGAUAUGAUCAAAUCAUGUUAUCCAACAAUUAGUCUUUUAGGGGAUACUGCGAUGGGAUCUAGCUCACAGCCUUCUUGUAAAACUAGUUAUCUUAUAGAUGAUCACAUCUUAGACAUUGUCAAGAUGUAUGGUGAGAGAAUUCACUUGAAGGAAGCGGACAGAAAACCUAGGGUUUCAAGGAGAAAAAGAGAACAAUCAUCUGUAAAUACCAAGAGGAAAGAGGAAUUUGAAAUUAAUGGAAAUUGGCAGGCCCUCCCACCUUGGGAUCCAGCAUAUGGUGGUGAUGGCUGCUCAAAAUUUCUUUGUGAUGUUAUGGUAGAAGGUUUAGCACGGCAUCUACGGUGUGUUGGAAUAGAUGCUGCUGUCCCAUCCAUCAGAAAACCUGAGCCAAGACAGUUGCUGGAUCAAGCAUACAAAGAAAAAAGAGUGCUUCUAACACGAGAUGCUAAACUUCUGAAAUACCAGUAUUUAGCAAAUAAUCAAGUGUACAGAAUUAAGAGUUUGCUAAAAAAUGACCAACUGCUUGAGGUGAUUGAGACCUUUCACUUGAAUAUUUCUGAGGAACAGCUCAUGUCAAGAUGCACAAAAUGCAACGGUAGCUUCUUUCAAAAACCCUUGACACUUGAGGAAGCUAUAGAAGCUUCCAAAGGGUUCCAAGUCAUUCCUAACUGCCUCUUCAACAAGGAUAUAGAAUUUUGGCAGUGCACAGACUGCAAACAGCUAUACUGGGAGGGAACCCAAUAUCGUAAUGCAGUUGAAAAAUUUGUCAAUAUUUGCAAGCUGAACACUUGAUUCACAUUUCAGCUUUCUAUAAACCCAAUCUGUGCUUACAAACUCGGGUGCAUUUUCAACAUAGAGAAGUCUUCAUGACCUACUCACUCAUGUAAAUAUUCAUUAGGUGUUACACAUUUUUGGCAUUGUUGUGCAAUAAGAGAGAUAACAGAGUGUAAUUAAGACAUUAUUUCUUUCUUUCUCAAAAUUUCUGCCUAUUUCUCUCUUGUUAUUCAGUGAAUGUUACCUUUUUUUAAUGGAUUAGUGAAAUGGUGAAGGAGAAGAAGUGGCUUUGACCCGUA